UCUCUGAUGAAUGAUGAGGAGCUGAGAAUUGUGAAGGUGGGGAAGACUGGGAAUCGGAAGAGCGCCGCUGGAAACAGCAUUCUGGGAUGACAGUGCUUUGAAUCAAGGUUCAGUCCUAAGUCUAUGACUGAAGACUGCUCUAAGGGCAAAGCUACAGUAGAUGGACAACGCGUUGCUGUCAUUGACACCCCAGGCCUGUUUGACACCAGGUUUGGCAUGGAUGAAACAACUAAAGAUUUAUGCCAGUGUAUUUCUUAUGCUGCGCCUGGACCCCAUGUCUUCCUGGUUGUCAUCAGGCUGGGCAGAUACACUGACGAGGAAAAGCAGACGGUGCAAAGGAUUCAAGAAAUCUUUGGCCAGGCUGCAAACACAUACAGCAUGGUUCUCUUUACUGGUGGUGACCUUCAUGGAGAUACCACUAUUGAGGCGUUCUUGCCUGAAAACCCAGACCUUCAAAAACUUGUGGCCAGAUGUAAUGGCCAGUACCAUAUACCUCAAUAUACCUUCAAUAACCAGCUGAAGGAUCGCGCUCAGGUCUGUGAGCUGCUCCAGAAGAUCAGAAAUUUAAAUCAGAAGAACGGAGGAAGCCACUACACCAACAAAAUGUAG